CUUCUCUUCUGCCACAAAAAAAAGUGAGCGUCGACCGUGGCCUAUGCCAUAUACCUGGCCUCCGAUCAUAUUGGACAAACCAAAGCAUCUACACAUUCUGCCACCAGCUUGUCGCUCGCAAACACGGCUCGAGGCGAACCAAGCAUCCACGGUCCUCGUGCUUCUGGCUGGCCCUCCAAGGUUGUGGAAUCUCGCAUGAGCGUGCGAAGUGCUCGACCCCUCCGAUUUGUCGACUGCAAGGUGCCUUGAGCUCGAGGACCAGUGCUGUCGUGGCACCACCGGAAGAAUUCUCUCAGCUCUCGUCGCGAUUGCCCCUCUUUGAUUGGCAGAAUGUCAGACAAGUCGUCGUCGCCGUCGCCAAACUGGCUAUCGAAGCUAAGGCGCACCCCGCAAUCCAAGGCAGCUGAGAAGACGAACCUCUCGGAAAGUGGCGAUCCUGAGGCCGAUGCCAAAGCCAGACGGCGUGAGCAGGUUAGGCGUGCUCAGAGGACGCAUCGAGAUCGAAAGGCCACAUAUGUCAAGACACUGGAAGCCGAAGUGGCCAAACUUCGAGCUCGCGAUUCGGCCCACGAAGCCCAACUCCAAGCGUGCCGCAACAGCAUCCGCCGCCUGAAAGAACUGAUCAGGUAUCACAAGAUCCCCUUGCCGCUGGAUUUGGCAUCAGACCCCCAUAUCCAGAGCCCGCAGGCCACCAUCGAGCUGCUCGGCUUCCCGGACUCCCGGGCGCAGCAGAUUCGCGCCCAGCUGCCCCCGGAGCCCGACUCGGGCUUUCUGGCCUUUCCCCCUCCUCUGCAGAAUAUAUUAACUUCCUCCGACCUCCCCUACAGCACCUUGCAUUCCGGCUCUACGACUUCGUCCAGCGAUCUGUUCUCGGGCCUGACCAUCAGCGAGGCUCCCACCAGUCUCCACGCACCCAGCAUCUACUCCCAAGCCGCGAGCACUGCUCCCCCGAUCCCUCCCAUCUCGACCCCCAUGCAGCACCCACAAGGCCUCGGCGCGACGCAGGUGGGAGUCGACUUCGUGCUUGCGCUGGAGCACGUCUGUUUGGAACACCACGCCGCACAUGCCACGGCCGACGACGGCUCGGGACACGAGAUGAUGCUCAUGUCUCCCAUCAUGUGGCAUUCGCCCGCGCGCACCCAGCCCGCACAAACCGCCACAUCCUCAACGCGACAACCCCCCGCGACCGCGACAGCCCCCUCUACAGGGUCCGGGCUGCCGAGCGGAACCAGAUGGAGUGUCCCCGCCGUGGAGUUGGAAAAGCUGCUUGAUUUCUCGGACAAGCUGUCGCUGGAGGGGGAGAUCACGCCCGUAGAAGCGUGGCAGCGGGUCCGCCAGCACCCGAACUUCGGGGACUUGACGCGGGACGGGCUCGAGGCGCUUAAAGCGACCUUGCUGCCCGAGGUGCAUUGUUACGGAUUUGGCGCCGUCAUCGACGAGGCCUAUUUCGAGUCCCUCCUCCAACAAGCGCUCGGCACGGGGACCGGCACGGGCACAGGCACAGGACCGGGUUCGCUGUAGAGAGAUUGGAAGGAAGGAAAAGGCCAGCAGCAGCAGCGCGGCCGCGGCGUUCCCGGUCUCUGCGUCUGUUCGACCUGGUGGCGGCCCUAGCCUUGCCAUGCGUGUACCAGAAACAGAAACAACCAGGCGGAUAUAAAUGAGAGCGUUGUCCCCUGCGAACCCAUACAAGACUGUCAUCCACGCGUCCCGCGCCUCACUCAACCUGUCGAGAACAGAGGCGUCGAAGGUCCAGAAGGGCCGCUGUAAGGGGCAGGUGGAGCUGGGCACCUAGCACGACGGCGAGGCUGCAUGUUGCAUGUUGCAUGGAUGCGUGUGCCUGUGCGCCCCCCCAACCCCCGGGCUCGUUUGAUCUCGUCAUCAUCAAUCUACCAGCGGUGGGGAUUCUGGCGGGUAUGGACCGUGCUGAUCCGGCCCACCAAGCGUCUGGGAUGGUCUGGGAUAGUCUGGGUGGAUGGAAUAGAGGGCAGGGGGUGGGAAUUGCUUACACUAUCAG